AUGGUGCAGCAGCGGCUGCGGCAGCAGCGGCUGCGGCAGCAGCAGCGGCAGCGGCUGCGGCCGAGGCAUCGGCGUUGGGAGACAUCUCGCCACAGGGAGGAGGAGCGCCCAGGAGAGAGGUGGGGAGGAAGGAGGCGGAAGCAGAAGCAGAAAACUGUGGAUUGCUUUUAUGGAUUUGAAUGUUUUGAGAUCUUCCAUGUGGCAUCCUAUCUUCUAGAUGCUCAAAGUGGAAUGAGUGUGUCCCCUAGAGUUCCUGCCCAGGAGAUGAAAGAAAGCCAAGAAGUUAAAGAAGCACUGAGAGCACAGAUGGAAGUGCAACGAAGACUGCAUGAACAAGUGGAGGUCCAAAAGCGUGUGCAGAUCAGAAUGGAAGCGCUUCAAAAGUACAUCGACAGUAUCCUAGCGAGCGCAUGCAAGAUAGUCACUGAACAGUUCGCUUCAAGUGGCUUCAGUAUCUCUGACCCUGAUCUCCCCGAGAUAUCCCCUGGAGGGUUCAUGUGUGGCCCCACGGACACGUUGAGCUCCUCGGUGUUCAACCAGCUUUCUGUGAGCUCCAUCGACUCGCACAGUCCAGGAGGCAAACCUUCUCCAUCAGGCAUGGAAUGUCCGCCACUGCUCCUCCAGAAGUCGCCUGAGCUCAAGCGGAGGUCCUCUUGA